AUGGGCGGCGCGAAGCCGAAGAAGCCGUCGAAGAAUGACAAAAAGGACACGAAAGACUCCAAAGAUUCAAAGGACAAGAAGAAAAAGAAAGACGAGAAGCCGAAAGACAAGCCCAAGCCGAAGCCGACGCGUAAGGUGCCGUCUACCGCCCAGGCGACGCUGAUGCUCCGCACGCAGAGCGUCUCCCCGAUGUCGGCCCUCCAAGAUAAUGCGACCCUCGUCAGCUGUUUUAUCGACCGCACGUUGAAGAAAGGGCUGAAGGAAUUGCGGGCUGAGUUUAUGGCCAACAAACGAACAGUGAGCAGGGAUAAGACGACGGUCUUCUUGAAGAACAUGCCGAAGAACCGAUACAAAGACGUGCCAUGUCUUGAUGAGUACCGGGUCGUGCUCAGGGACUGCGACAACGACUACAUCCAUGCAAACUUUGUGGCGACGCCAAAGAGCGAUAAACGUUUCAUCUGCUGCCAGGCACCGACUAAUGCUACGCAGGUCGAUCACUGGAGAAUGAUCGUGCAAGAACACGUCGAGGCGAUUCUCAUGCUUUGCAACUACUCGGAGGGCAGAAGGGAAAAGUGCGCUCAGUACUUUCCGACUACCCUGGAACCGCAGAAGACGUUCGGGCCCUUCACCAUCAAAUUGGUCAAAUCCGAAAAGUUGAUCUGGAACUGCCAAACACCCGCAAUCGUCAACACAUCAACGCUGGAGGUGGAGCAGGAUGGGAUCAAGACCGUG